CAGACGGGAGUUUGAUUACCAAAAAGCCGGACAUGUCCAGGAAAAAACAGACGUAUGGUAACCCUAUGAUAGUCCUAAGCAGCUUUGCCAAAUAGGGAAAUAUCUGUGUAGCCCCCUUCAGAAACCACCCGUUCCCCAAGCAGACUGAUUCCUCCCUCUCAGUGGCUCUGUGACCUUUCUUAAAACCAGUGAGUCCUAGGUUCUCUGUGCACCUUGCCUUCCUCCUUCAAAGAGCAACAGAGGAGCUAUAUCUCUUCCCGUUGCUGGAAGCAGACUCCCUGCAGUCAGCUUCUUUCCUCUCAUGCCCCAGAAAGCUGUGUCUGUCCAAUCUCAUCUCAUAUGUGUGAGCAAUCCCAGCUGUAUGUAAGCUGGCUGGGAUCUGCAAUUGGCUGCUCUGACAUAUAUCACUGAGGCUUCUUGUCUGGUCCCCAAAGGCUGUUCAUGUCUCAGGCAUCUGAGUAAGCAGGCUUUUGGGGUCCUGAUAUUCCUAAUCCUCUGUGGAGUCUGAACAUAGUAUGGUCCUACAUCUGGGAAAGCUUUUGGAUGUGUGGGGCAUACAGGUGGGAGUGCUGGAUCCUGGUCAGGCAGUAGGAUGACCAGAUGUCUUGAUUUUAUAGGGUCAGUCCCGAUUUUUGGGUCUUUUUCUCACAUAGGCACCUAUUACCCCCCACCUCCUGUCCCGAUUUUUGACACUUGCUAUCUGGUCAGCCUAUCAGGUAGGAAAGAAGUUACCCAGGGACUAAGAUUGCCAACUUUGGCUGGAUAAAUUCUUGGAGGUUUCAUCACAUGACAUUAGCUUUAAUUAAAGAUUAAUCUUUAAUUCCUGGAGACUCCAGGACAACCCUGGAAGGUUGGCAACCCUACAGACUGAUAUAUUUACAAAUGAGGGAACUGUGUCACAGAGAAGUUGAGUGAUUUGCCCAAAGUCACAUGGGGUGUCUGUGGCCGAGCUCUGCAUUGAACCCUGAUGUCCUGAACCUUAAUCACAAGACCAUCCAUCUCUCCACACAAUAGGUUGUGAAGGUUAAUGUACAUUGAAAUUGGGCUAACGAGUGUGGAUAAGAUGAAAACUGAUACUACUUUUCACUCAAGCAGAACCAAACUCAAACUUAUUUUGACUGUAACAGAAACAUCCAGAUAAUCUGAUUAUCUCUUGGAGUUGGACAUGCUGUACCUGUUGGGACUUGAUGUUCAAUUAAAAUGAAAGGCUUUUCUCCAUGAAUAAGACAGUAAGUGCUGAAUAUGUAAACAGUCAAAUGCUCGCUUAAUAAUCUUUAUAACUGAGGGAAUUGCUACUGUCUUUAAAUCAGGAUAAUUUCAUUUUAUAUUUCUAUCACCCCUUUGGUCCUGAAGGAUUCCCAAGUACUUUACAAAGCAGGAAGUUAUGUUAGUUAUGAGUUUUGUGACCAGCAAUUACAAACAUAUCUCUUUAGACCACUGGAUUGCAGCAAGCCUUGACAUAGAGAACAGCAGCCGGGUGGGUAAUUAGGUGUACUAUAGUGCAUGGCAGUGAAGGGAGGGAAAAUUUUCAACCAACGACAUUGGACAAACUCCUACUUUUAUGAAAAAUGCUCAGGACGUUUAAUACCAUUGCAAAUUUUCAGACUUUGUCUCAAAGGGCCAGUGCGGUAAACUUCAUGACAUUGCACGUAUCUAGCUCCGAAGGAUGUAGGGUUGGAUCAAUCUCACCAUAAUUCCUAACUGCUCAUUUGCCCCAAAACCUCUCCCUAGGGUCUCAUUCGGUCACCCUCUCCAAUCACUUUUUCAGUGUGUGAGGAGACAUAAAAGGGAACCAUGCCGCAUUUUGGGCCGCAGUGUCAUUGGUGCCCACAUGACAAAAAUCGAGUGAAUAUCUAAGGGGGAAAAUCUUUAAAUGUAUCACUCAAAUAAAAAAAAUUGAAUUCACUUUAUCAGCUUUUACCCAUCUUUUGUUUUCUUUCUCAGAAUAUUCCAGUGACAUACGCAUGCUUGAAGUGAAUUUUAGGAAUAUGCAAAGCAAUCACAUUUUACCUUUGUAAACAUGAAUAUUUGCGCCGGAAACCUGACUUUAGGGAUUAUUCUAACCCAAUCAGGGAGACAAAAUAACACCAUUGUCCAGAUUUUUAAAAGCAUUUAAGCAUCUGAAGAUGCAGCUAGGGAUCUUACUGGGAUUUUUCAUAAGUGCCUAGGCAAUUAACUCCACUGGCUAGCCAGGUGACAUUGGGCAAGUCACUUCACUACUUUGUGCCUCAGUUUCCCGAACUGUAAAAUGGGAAAAUGACACUUAUCUUCUUUGUAAAUUGCUUUAAGAGCUAUUAUUACAAUUGUCAGCUGAAUUGUUCCCUGUGAAUUAUUCAUUCUCUUCUACACCUCUGCAUGCACAGAGAAAGACAAAUUGGAUUAAAUUUUAUUUGGACAAAAUAGAGGAGUUACUGGUGAGUAAAGAGAGCUGUGGUUUAGCAGAGAUUUUAUCUGCUGCUUCUUUUGAAAUGCUGUGCUCAGCUUUCAAGGAUGUUUGCAAAUUAUGGAUCCUUGUCUACUCCUGGAUUCCCAUGUAGCAAUGGUGGCCAAGUGUCCUUUCUCACAUUUAUGACUCACCGUUAAGACUGAUGGCAUCUAUUCAUGUUUUUUCCUCUAUUCCCUUUGAAUCACUCAGAGAAUCUAGCUUAUUUUUUUUCCGUUGUUGUUGUGCACUAGGUAAACCAAAUAUAGGGUACUCAAUUGUGCCAGCAUAAGUUUUGAGGGAGAGGUUUUCUUUAUACACAUAAGUCUUUCUUUUACCUAAAAAUAUUGUUUAUAAUGAAUAAUGCAGGGAAUAAAUACAGAUUUUAAUUACAGAAAACAAAAGCUCUCAAACUAGAAACCCAAAAGAUCCAGAGGCGUCUGUGAAUUCUCAGACUUCACAAGGUUCAAUCCUCCCUAAUAAAUAUUGUGCCAACUAAAAUAUUUAGAAUAAAAUAGUGAUGCGCUAAGUUUCAGAAACCAUGUUCUAGUAAUGCUAGAUAAAGGUUUGAUAGAUAGAUUAAAGUUAAUAGGAACUUCCCAUCAAUAAACAAACAAUAACAUCAGCAGAUACUGCAUGCACAGGCCUAGAGAUUAAUUUAAUGAAUGAAGCUGGGGUUGAGUAAGAUAGUGUCUGCAAGAGAAGUCCAGAUGAUGACUCCAAGAAGUCCUAAUAAAGACUAAAUUAAAUGUUAUACUGACACAGACACUAGCAUCCCUCUGCACAUCAGUUAGGUGCACUUAGGUUAGGCUCAUGGUUUCUGAAUGUGAAUCUAGUUCCACUUAGACCUUGUCAAACUGAACAAUCAAGCCAUUUUAGCAGGAAUUGUAUUAAAUGCAAGUUUGAACAUCAUUAAAAACUCAGUACAGAUGAGGCCUAAACAAUAUUCACAGUAAAGUCUACAAAAUGGUGGGGCUUCCAUGGUGCAAUGUGUGGGUUUUCUAAAAGGACCAGAUCAUGCAUGUGAGUAGGGCACUGGCCCCAUUAGCUUGCUCUGGCUGUAAGAAAGUCCGUUCAUUUCAAGAGUCUUAUAAAUAUUGUCUAUCCCCUUAGUCUAGUAAUAAACAACAAAUAGGGGAAUGUACCAUAUAAAACAAAUAUACAAUUCAUGACAGAAGAUAAACAGAUUUUUGCUGAGAUAAAAAAGUCCUUGGAAAUAUUUAUUGUUUUUGAUCCCAAUGAAUUAUAAUCUGCUUUGAGGAACUGGCAGCUGAAUAUACAUUUUGACUACUUUUUGUAUGCUACUAGAUGUGCAUGACACUGUAGAGGGUUAAUAUAGCAUACAGUAAUUGACGAAACUCUUGUUAAAAUAAAUUUUUGGAAAUCUUGAGACCUUUUACCAUUUGUGCCAUGAUAAUACGGGCUGGAAGUAAACUCACUUGAAGGACAUUUUAAUGGCAACACGUUUAAUGAAGUCAAUUGGUAGUUUUAUAAUGGCAGCAGAGUGUGUUCUUGCCAUUUUCCCAUUUAAAAAGAAUAAAAGGCCAACCAAGGACCAGUCAGUCAAACUGAAAUAGGAUUUGAUGACAUUUUCACUCCUGAACUCUUGGUAUAAAAUGGUCAUCUAAGAAAGAACUGAUCGGAAAUGUGAGAAAUUUGGCACUAAAACUGCAUAAUUGCAUGUAAGUGCUGAAAGAAAAAAAUGAUCAGGUAAAGAUAUUGCAUUUUAUAUUAUAUCUUUGGAAAGUUUGUAUUGGUGUAUAUGUAUGUAUAUAUUAAGUUUUCCUUUAAAAAAAUUAAACUAAUUCGUGUUUUUCCUUUCAGUCUGUUCAGAUUAAACUUCAUUUUAAUUAUUUGGAUCUCAACAAUGCACCUGUGGGGGUGUUACCCAACUGUCCCUUCUACGCUGUCCAGGAAAUCUGAUUACUGUCUCAUCCUGCUGAAUAGCUGCUUAGCCAAGCUGGACGGGAGUGAAGAAUUGACUUUUCUAAAACCUUUCCUGGAGAAGUCUUUCAUUAAAAGGUCCUUUCGCAAUGGAGUUGGAUCAGGAAUUAAAAAAACUUCCUUUCAAAGAGCAAAGUAAUAAAUAACUGCUCAAGAAAGUAUCCUCAACUUUAGCAUCUAACAUUUAACUGUGAGCUUAAAAUAAUUUGCAAUGCAUUUCUGUGAUAAAACCAAAAGAGACAAAUGUAUCAGCAUGUUCAUAAUGUAAACAGAUGUUUAUUUCAAAUAGUGCAAGCCAAGUGAAGCAGAUUAAAUUGUUCAGUACAGGCAUUGUUUUCAAAGUUACAAUAUCAUAAAGUUUUGUAUUGAUACAAAUGUGUUUUCAGCUGGUUAAUUCCCCGUUUGUAAGACUACAGAUUUAAUCAGAUUGCUCUUGAUUAACACAAAAAUAGUUCUGUGCUUUGAAAGCAUGCACACAUGCAACCGAUCUUGAGGAUGGCAGCAUUAUAUCCUACAUAUGCUCAUCUUUGGUCUAAAAGAUAUCCUUAUGGUUAAUGCAGGGCAUAGCUUCACUUUAUUAGCCUGAUUAUCAUUUACAUGAAAACCACUUUACACCACUCUGGUAAUAUAAAGAGGGUCUUAAAAUGUAAUUUAAGACAUCUUUACACUGAUCUAGAGGUGUAAAGGGCCAUUUGUGAAAAAGAAUCAGGCCCUAUGUUUACACUCUAAUUUAUUUUUAAUAUAGUUAUCUAAAAUGACUUCAGCAGGAAGUAAUCUCUUGAGAUGGCAUUUCAUUUUCAGGAGUGUCCUGGGAAAUCAUUCAAAGUCACUGUAGCAGUGCAUGUCCCUUUGCUUCAAUUAAUCAAUUAAUGUAGGCAACAAAUAUCUGAUGAUAUCUGCCAAAUGUAGGUCUUGCCUAUUUUCUGCUGUUAUGGUUGUGCUCUAAUGAACAGUGGUCCAUUUUUGUUUUUUCUUUGCUGUAAAGUAACUGGAUAGAUGUUUGUUCUCAAAAUAUUGUAGAUUUUGUCAGCUGGAAAGGUCAUCUGCAGAGUUACAUUAUUUGUGUGAAUUUUACCUUGUGGCCAUUUCCUUCAAACAGUGAUGUAACAAACUCUGAAUGUUGGCUUAAAAAUGUAGCAAUGUGUAUUUGUUUAGAUGCAUUUUGAAUUCCAAAAAAUCUAUUAAUAAAUCAAUGUAUGGAUCA